CGGAGACGUUGGACCUUCCUGUGUUGCCGUAGCUGUAUGGACCUGCUCAGCGUGUGCUCAAUUUGUAGUGUUUUAUAUAACAGAAACAAGAAUUGGUACAUUUUCCAAGCCCUUCAUGCAUCAGUCGUGUCUUGCGGGUCUCUCAGGCCUGUGCCAAGUCACCGAGCAUCUUUACCUCAGUAAUGGCAGAGCGGCUAAUGAUUCCUCCCAGGUGACCAGGUCUGGGAUAACCUGCAUCAUCAACGCUACUGAAAACAAGCCCAGCAGCUGUCCUCCACCGGGGGUGGACUACAUUCACAUCCCUCUCUCUGACUCUCCUGCGUUUCCUCUGAUCGAUCACUUUGACGAGGUGGCAGAUAAAAUACACACAAACGCGGAGAGCGGUGGUCGCACACUGGUGCACUGUAACGCCGGGGUGAGCCGCUCCGCCGCCCUGUGCAUGGCUUACCUGAUGAAGCACCGCGGUGUGACGCUCCUGGAGGCUCACAGGCUGGUGAGGACCUGUCGACCCGUGGUGAGGCCGAACAAUGGUUUCUGGAAGCAGCUCAUCCAGUACGAAGUGGAGCUUCGCGGUGGAAACUCUGUCCGCAUCGUGUCCUCCUCCAUGGGAGAGAUACCAGACAUCUACGAAGAAGAGGCCAAGAACAUGAUGCCACUGUGAGGAAAUCACUGCACUCAUGUGUCUGUAGGACAAGUGGGACAUUGUUUAACAAUGAUGGGGUGUACUGUAUGAGUGGCAGUAAGCAUAAAAUGUUUAGUCGUGAAAGGAAAAGACUUUCCCGUUUCCUCAGGGGUCUGGGCAGUAUAUUGCAAGUGUACUUAAAAACCAAUCCAGGUAUAUUGGAUAAUAUAAAGAAAGAACUGUUUGAAUAAAAAGAAAUUCACUUUCUACGUUUAAUUUA